GCUAGGCCCGUUGGCCCCCCUACCUAUGGCUGAUGUUCCUCUACAUCUAGACAAGGUUUACAGACGCAGCAAGGAAACCGUCUGAUUCCAGGUCAGAUUCAUCCAUCAGCCCUCUUUGAUAUCAACACCUGAAUAACUUCUUUCUAUAAAGCCUUUAAACCUGAUCCUUUCUGAUUUCUUCCUACAACGCUCGCUUUCGUAGUCAUCUCAUCAUCAUCAUGUCUGUCAAUAAUAUCAAGAGCAUCUCGCAGGCUAUUGCCACUGUCGUCGGCAAAUACGGCACGGUUACUGUUGCCUACGUCCAAGAGACUGACGCAUGGAGACGAAGCUUCUUAUCUAACAAGGCGGCGGCUGAAUUUACGGCUGCCGUUGAAAAGGAGGCAAAGUCAGGAGCGUUAGGCCCCGACGUGACGACUGUUGCCCUUAUUGAGCUACCUCAUGAGAGCGAGAAAGACGCUCGGACGCACUGGACCGCUUUCGCCAUCAAGAAUAACGACUUGAAUCAGGGAACAACACGUCACAUUGUUUAAGUCGAGUAAGAGGAGCUUAGCCUUUGGAUGAAGGGUACAGGUCGAUAG